AUGGUCCAUAGCACUAACGUGGUGAUGAACUACUCUGAUAUCGAGUCCAAGGUGCGAGAGGUCACCAAUGAUGACCCCUGGGGUCCCUCUGGACAGCUCAUGGGAGAGAUCGCCAAAUCCACGUUCAUGUACGAGCAGUUCCCUGAGGUCAUGAACAUGCUGUGGACCAGAAUGCUGAGGGACAAUAAGAAGAACUGGAGAAGAGUUUACAAGGCCUUACUACUAUUGGCAUAUCUCAUCAGGAACGGAUCGGAGCGAGUUGUCACCAGUGCGAGGGAACACAUCUACGACCUUCGCUCCUUAGAAAACUACAAUUUUGUUGCUCUACCAGACCCUCAUCCCAAGUUCUACCAGACCCUCAUCCAAAGCUCUACCAGACCCUCAUCCCAAGUUCUACCAGACCCUCAUCCAAAGCUCUACCAGACCCUCAUCCUAAGCUCUACCAGACCCUCAUCCAAAGCUCUACCAGACCCUCAUCCUAAGCUCUACCAGACCCUCAUCCAAAGCUCUACCAGACCCUCAUCCAAAGCUCUACCAGACCCUCAUCCAAAGCUCUACCAGACCCUCAUCCUAAGCUCUACCAGACCCUCAUCCAAAGCUCUACCAGACCCUCAUCUAAAGCUCUACCAGACCCUCAUCCAAAGCUCUACCAGCUUUGACAAACGUCACUUUAUUUGCUUCAGUGUUGACUUCCCCUUUAACUGCUUAACCCUGUCGCUAUGGCCAAUGAGAGCGGGGGAAAUGUUUGACUCCGGGCCCAAGGGGAAGUGGGAUGAGGACUGGGACAAGAGCAAAGGAGCCUUCCCCUUCAGUGAGAAGCUGGGAGAAAUCAGCGACAAGAUCGGCAGCACCAUCGACGACACUAUGAACAAGUUCCGCAAGAAUGAGAGGGAUGACUCGCCCGACAGAAUCAGUCACAACGAGGAGGACACCGGCCGGCCGGUGUCUGGGUUAGGGAAGCUGUCGGAGUUCAGAGACGAGGAGGAGACUGUUACGACCACGAGCAUCCAGAUCAGCCAUGCAACGGAGACCACCACCACACGCAAACGUGGCGGCAUCCGCUCCAAGACCGUGGACCUAGGGGCCGCUGCUCACUACACAGGGGACAGGGGCAGGCUGGACGCAGACAACGGAAAGACGUCUGCUAGCCAGUCUUCAAGCAGUGGCCUUGCAGACCUUCUUAUGGUGGACGCUGAGUCCAGUCAGACUGCACCAGCAGGUGGAAGUUCAGACCUCAUCUGUGAUUUUGCUGACUUCUCCUCCCCAGCUGCCUCAGCCAGUCUCCCUUCAUCAGCCGGGUCAGGGUCCAGUGGGAAGGGUGAGUUUGGGGAUUGGAAUGCGUUCUCCAGUCUGCCGGCCCCCACCCCACCCUCAGUUGACUUAUUUGACCUGAUUGGCUCCAAUCACACCUCCCUCACCGCCUCCCAAAGCAUUACCUUCUCCAUGUGUGAUACCCAGAGUGUGGGUGUCGCCAACACCGACCUACCCAUCUCCAGAUCACAGGUACAGGUGGCUCACAGGACUCCUCCUCACUACAUGAAACAUUGUUAUAGAUGGAAGUGCCUCAUUAUCAUGGAAGAGGUCUACGUUGUGAAUAUAAAGGAUGUUCUUUUGUAUAUAUAGUGUAUGUGAACACCCCUUCACAUCAGUGGAUUCUGCUAUUUCAGCCACACCCGUUGUUGACAGGUGUAUAAAAUCGAGCACACAGCCAUGCA